AUGUCCGAGUACGCUAUGUACCAUGCCCUCGGCCAGGGUGAACAGCUCGACCCGAACGACCCCAAUCGAACGAGCCAACCUGCGCCGCCCCAAUUCCAACCCCAAGUUGCCCAUCAGCAGUAUCAGCAGUAUGGUUCUCCUGCGCCUCAGGGCCAGCAGUACUACGGGGCUCCCCAACAACCCCCAAUGGGAGGUCCUUCGCCGGCCGGCGCGCCAGGAUUCGCGCCUCCUCCAGGCCAGCAAUACGGUGGGCAACCUCCUUCUCCGGCAGACGGGGCCGGUCUUGCCUCCCAGAUGGCAGGAAUGUCGCUAGACGGGCAACAAGGCGCAAGGAGGAAGAAGAAGGAUCGCCAUGCCUUCCACAACGUCGAAGCGCCUGCCGGAUCUUCGCAACCUUAUAACGGUAUACCUCCCGCGGGGACGCCCGCCACCGCUUUCUUGAACGCCGACCCCUCGGUACAGCCCGGUGGCCAAUUUGGUGGCCAACAACUCACUCCAAACCAGUUUCCGGCCCCCGUCAACUCACCCUUCAACCCCGUCAGUCAAGCUACUGCCGCCGAGUUCGCCGCGAGGAAUGGCCAAAACGAUCCAGGGCACGCGCCGGCCGGGACGUUUGUGCCAGCUUCAGGGGGCGGACAGGUCUCGUCAGAGGAUAUCCCAAGCGUGCCAAUAUCCAGAGACGUGCCACAGCUACACUACUUCAACAGUGUAUAUCCCACAUUUGAGCGCCACGUACCUCCGCCAGCUGCUGUUGCCUUCGUCGCCUACGAUCAGGGCAACUCCUCGCCUAAAUUUACCCGCUUGACCAUGAAUAACAUACCAGCCAGUCUGGAAGGUCUAACCAGCACGGGCGUGCCUCUUGGACUCGUACUGCAACCGCUGGCUCGUCUUCAGCCUGGCGAGACGGAAGUUCCCGUACUUGACUUUGGCGAGCUAGGGCCCCCAAGAUGCCGGCGAUGUCGUGCUUAUAUCAAUCCCUUCAUGAUGUUCCGUUCUGGUGGCAGCAAAUUCGUUUGUAACCUGUGUACCUACCCCAAUGAUACCCCAUCCGAAUACUUCUGCGCCACGACACCUCAGGGAGUUCGGGUGGACCGAGAUCAGCGACCCGAGUUGAUGAAGGGAACUGUCGAAUUCAUGGUACCUAAGGAGUACUGGACGAAGGAACCGACGGGUCUGAAUUGGCUGUUUGUGAUCGAUGUUACGCAAGAGUCCUUCAACAAGGGGUUCCUAGAGGCUUUCUGCGAGGGAAUACUUGCUGCACUCUACGCCCCGGACGAGACCGAUCAGAUGGAAGAAAACGGCGAACCGAAACGGCGUAUACCGUCGGGUGCCAGAGUUGGAUUCGUGACGUACGACAAGGACAUCCAUUUCUACAACUGCAAUUCGGCUCUGGAGCAAGCCCAGAUGAUGAUUAUGCCUGAUAUCGAAGACCCCUUCGUGCCGCUUAGUGAUGGACUUUUCGUCGAUCCAUAUGAGUCAAGAGCUGUCAUCACCUCCUUACUCACACGGUUGCCAACCCUCUUCGCGGACAUCAAGAAUCCCGAGCCCGCUUUAUUACCUACCCUGACUUCCUGUCUUGCUGCCUUGGAGAAGACAGGAGGCAAAAUCGUGUGCUCACUGUCUGCUUUGCCCACCUGGGGACCUGGGCGGCUCUUUAUGAGAGACGACGGCAAGUAUCCUGGUGGUGAAGUUGAUAAGAAACUCUUUUCCACUGAGCAUCCUGCAUGGAAGAAAACCGCGGAGAAGAUGGUGGCUGCAGGCGUAGGCAUCGACUUCUUCCUGGCCGCACCGUCCGGUGGUUACCUAGACGUGGCGACUAUCGGUCACGUUUCGUCGACCACCGGUGGUGAGACGUUUUACUAUCCCAACUUCGUAGCUGGUCGAGAUAACGCGAAGCUCUCGCAAGAGAUCAAGCACACCGUCACACGGGAGACGGGCUACCAAGCGUUGAUGAAGGUUCGAUGUUCCAAUGGACUCCAGAUAUCCGCAUACCACGGCAACUUCAUCCAGCACACCUUUGGCGCAGACCUCGAGAUUGGUGUCAUCGAUGCCGACAAGGCCGUAGGUGUCACGUUCGGUUACGAUGGAAAGCUCGACUCGAAGCUUGACGCCCACUUCCAAUCUGCUCUGCUGUACACAACCGCUUCCGGUCAACGCAGGGUCAGAUGCUGCAAUGUCAUUGCUAGUGUCAGCGACAGUCCCAGGGAGUGCAUGAAGUUUAUAGAUCAGGACGCUGUGUACACCAUCAUCUCCAAGGACGCGGCUUCCAAGCUAGCCUCGAGCUCCAGUUCGCUGAAGGACAUCCGGCUUAGCCUGACCGAGAAGACUAUUGAUGUUCUGGCCGGGUAUCGGAAGAAUUUCUCGUCGCAACCACAUCCACCGGGCCAGCUGGUCAUGCCCGAAAAACUCAAGGAGUUCUCCAUGUACAUGCUUGGUCUCAUCAAGUGCCGAGCAUUCAAGGGCGGAAAUGAGACCUCGGACCGAAGAGUACAUGAGAUGCGCAUGAUCAGAUCCAUGGGCGCCUCGGAGCUCAGUCUGUACCUCUACCCCAGGAUGAUUCCCAUCCAUAACCUGAACCCCGAGGACGGAUUCUCUGAUGAGCAGACGGGUCAUCUCAAGAUGCCUCCAGCGAUACGCACAUCGUUCGCCCGUGUCGAACCAGGUGGUGUAUAUCUGCUUGACAACGGUCAGCAAUGCUUACUGUGGUUCCACUCGCAAACAUCACCGAACCUGCUCACAGAUCUUUUUGGGGAGGGCAAGGAUAGCCUCAAUUCACUUGAUCCGUAUAGCUCCUCCCUACCCGUUCUACAGACGCAUCUCAAUGCUCAGGUUCGGAACAUCGUCGAGUUCCUUAGAACAAUGCGGGGCUCGAAAGCGUUGACCAUUCAGCUGGCAAGGCAAGGCAUCGAUGGUGCCGAGUACGAGUUUGCACGAAUGCUGAUCGAAGAUCGAAACAACGAGGCCCAGAGCUAUGUGGACUGGCUCGUUCAUAUACACAAGGGUGUCCAGCUGGAGCUGGCGGGUCAAAGGCGAAAAGAUGGUGACGAGGGGAGCUCGCUGGCGUCCACCUUUACUGGCCUGCGCCCACAGUACUGGUAG